AACAAUUAAAACAACUGCAACAAUAAAAAUAGAAAGAGUAAAAACUCUUCGUAAUAACAACAAAACAAACUUUUAUGUCAAGAUACUAAUGUUAAACACAUUUGAACAAAUUGAUCAUAAACAUGAUGGACUACACUAGCUUGGGCUGUUGUGCUUUGGCAUUUAUUUUAUACUUAAAUACAUUAAAUUCUGGAUUUGUUUAUGAUGACAGACGUGCCAUUCUAGCCAACACAGAUGUCUCAGGCACAGCGCCCUGGCAGAAUGCUUUUGUGCAUGACUACUGGGGAACACCGCUCACAGACAGCGGCUCUCAUGGCUCCUAUCGGCCACUGAGUGUUCUCACAUUCAGAUUAAAUUUUCUACUCAGUGGUUAUAAUCCUUGGGGCUUCCAUCUGGUCAAUAACUUACUGCAUUGUUUAGCCACCGGUUUGGUAGUGAAGGUGGCUCGACAUUUCCUCUCCUCAGUGUGGGGUGUUGUGGCGACGGGAGCCCUCUUCGCUGCACACCCCAUUCAUACAGAAGCUGUGGCAGGAAUUGUGGGAAGAGCUGACUUGGCCGCCUGCGUCUGUUACCUACUAACCUUUCUCACGUAUAUGCGCCACAUAGCGUGGCGAGAGAGGGGUGAUCCACUGCAGUGGUUGGCUUUAAGUUUAACCUUAGUUUCCUCUAUAGCUGCAUUGUUGUUUAAAGAAACAGCCAUCACCGCCUUGAUAAUAUGCGGUAUGUUUGAUGUGAUACGUGGCUUAAGUGGUCUGAAAGACAAACAUCGCAUACGUUCGGUAUGUGUGUUGACCUCAGUUUUGUUGGGCACGGUGUAUUGUCGGCUGGCGGUAAUACCACGACCCCAAACAUUAUUCUCAACAGCAGACAACCCCGUUGCGAAAACAAAUUCAGUGUGGACACGUUUUUUGACUUUUCUUUACCUUCCGGUAUUCAAUUUCAAACUGUUGCUGAAUCCACAAGUGCUAAGUUUCGAUUGGGGCAUGAACGCCAUACCACGCAUAACCACUAUAUGGGAUGGACGCAACGUGUUGAGUAUAGGUUUCUAUGGUGCAUUAACCUACACCGCCUGGCAAUGUUGUUGUUUACUGUUGCAACGCCAUAAGCGUCUGCAUUACUACGCACACUAUAAAAACAGACAUCAGGCAAGCUCGUCAUACGUUGCAUCGGGAGCACAAUACCAUUUACAACCACAAAUGCAGCGUAAGUCACGCACUAAACGAAAAUAUUGCAAACAGGUACAGUGUCAAACCUCAAAUGGAACAAUAGCUACAACAGACACAAGUGACAACCAAACGCAGGCCUACUAUAUGAUGACUCCACCACCACCUUCACCACCAUCCACACAUCACUAUGCAACUAGCACGCCAACAGUAACAGCAAAUUGUACUUCGCUACACAGCACCACAGCAUAUCUCAAGCACAAACUAUUGGGCAUAAAUAAUCCCCACAUCUGUGGUGAUUGCAAACAGGAAUUGAGUUCCGGCCAUCACACCAACUCGUGUCGGGUGUUGAACAACAACAAUAACGUUUUAACACUGAGCCACUCAAAUGUUUAUCACACAGACUGCUGUUGUCAUCAGCUAAUGUCUUCCAGUGUCGCGUCGUCCAACGGUACGCCACCACAUCUCUUUACCUUUGCUCUGCACAAAGCUAUAGCCUCCGUAGUUGCGGCACGCAGUUCACGCAGCAGUAGCAGUUGCAGCAACUCAACAACAGCCAGCAACAAAAGCUCCGAUAGUAGUGCUUCCUCCACCUGCAGUUCAGCAUCAUCGCUAUCCUCCAAGUCAUCAGCAUCUGAAAGGAAUCUGUCAUUGGCAACGUGGCCAUCGAUACAGCAAGAGGAUUUCAUGUUGUGUGACAUACCAUACAAGUGUGCAAAUGCCAGUGUCCUGUUAAUGGCCCUGGCCUUUUUAACGCUGCCCUUUCUACCCGCCACAAAUCUUGUCUUCUAUGUGGGCUUUGUAGUGGCUGAACGUUUGUUGUACUUGCCUAGCAUUGGUUUUUGUCUGCUGGUGGGUUUUGGUUUCGGCAAACUAAUGGAUCAUGUGCGAACGAGUAAAAAUCCCCGGCAUCAACAAAUGCUGAUACUGAGUUUGUGUCUGGUGUUGAGCGCUCUGAGUGCGAGAACGAUAAGACGCAACUUGGAUUGGCGGGAUGAGGAGAGUUUAUAUCGUAGUGCUGUGCAAAUAAAUCCACCUAAAGCUCUUGGCAAUUUAGGAAGUGUCCUUAGUUCUCAGGCUCGUUACAAAGAAGCCGAGGAGGUUUUGUUAGAAGCCAUCAAAUAUAGGCCAAAUAUGGCAGAUGUACAUUUUAAUCUAGGAAUUUUAUAUCAAAAUCAACUAAAUUAUAAAAAUGCAGUAAAAAGUUUUAAGAACGCCUUGAAUUUUCGACCUAAUUUAGCAGUGGCCUAUUUAAAUUUGGGCAUUUCCUUAAUUGCCUUGGGCAAAUGUCAUGAUGCUGCUCAGAUCUUACAGGAGGGCUCUAAGGUCGAUGGUAAUGGUGUGCGUGAUCGUGCGGCCCAUGAAAAUGCUAGAAUUUCAUCGUACCUGCAGUUGGGAGCACUCUAUGUCGAACAGGGCAAAUUACAGCGCGCUUUAGCCGUUUAUCGUGAAGCUUUAUACGAGCUGCCACAUCACUACUACAAACGAGAUGUCAUCUACCAUCGUAUUGGUGAUAUCUUUGGCCGCUUACAGCAGUGGGAUGAGGCCGAGCGACAUCAUAGGGCUGCUUUGGAGUUGCAACCAAAUCAGGUGGCAGCUCAUUUAUCGUAUGGCGUAACAUUGGCCAGAAAUAGCAGUAGAGUCUCAGAAGCUGAAAUGUGGUUUAAGCGCGCUUUGCAAUUGGCACCUGAAGAAGCCAGCGUUUAUCAUCAUUACGCUGAAUUCUUAACAACACAAACCCGCUUAGCAGAAGCUAUAACAUAUAGAGUCAAAGCAGCUGAACUGGCACCUCAAGACUAUUCACUGGUGGUAGCCGCAGCUACAGCAUUAAGGCUAAUGGAACGCAAGCAGGAAGCUGAAACUUGGUAUAGAAAAGCUGUCAACCUACGACCCAGUGAUGCCCAUGCCCACACAAAUCUCGGCGCCAUCUUACACUUACUGGGACAUACAAAUAAAGCGGCAACAAGCUAUAAGGAAGCACUGAGACUGCAACCCGGAGAUGCCACAACUCUGGGUAAUUUAGCAAAAUUGGGACUAACAGAAACCAAAUAGAGACAUAUUUAAUAAUAAAUAAAACUAAUAAAUUAUGACAAAAAAAAAUAACAAAAACCUUCCUAAAACUAAACAACUUAUAAAAAAUAUAUAUUUUUGUAUAAAAAAAGCAAAUAAAUCACCCAAGAAUGAAAGGAACUUCUAAAGAUUCCAUGUAAACAUAAUGUAUCAUACCAAGCAACAAAAUAAAAAUAAAAUAAAGACCAAAAUAAUAAUAAUAUUAUUUUUUUGUUUGUAUUAUUUUGUAAUUGAAACU